ACAAUUCAUUUAUACUAAUGUAAACAAACAAAGCUCAAUCUGAUUGGAAGUGAAUAUUAGGGAAAUUUUAAACUUAAUAUGGAAAGAAGUCUUGAAUUAUUUAAAAUUGUCGCUUUCGGAACAAGUUUCGAUCCAUGCAAACCUCGUCGAAGAGAGAACAAAUUAAAGAAUGCUAAGCGGAAUAAGAAGAAGAAGUUUGAGGAAUUGAAUGCAAGCCAAAAUGGUGGCAUUGAAGAAAAAAGAAGGCAAGAAAAAGAAAUUAGUUCAUCAGAUUCCAGUGAUAGUUCAUCAGAUGAAGAAGAAGGAACUGAUAAAGAAAAAACUGAAAAACCUGUUAAGAAAAAAGAAAAGAAAAGAUUGUCUGCAAUGCAGUUGAUAAAAAUUAGGAAAGAAGAGGUUACUCAUUUCCGUCGAGUUAAUAAAAUAUAUGUUGUGGGUGAUGAUGUUCCAGAUCCCAUGGAAGCAUUUGAUCAACUAAUCUCUGAUUAUGAUGUUUCUCCUCUACUAUUGGAAAAUAUUAUGAAGCUGAAUUAUUCAAAACCUACUCCAAUUCAAAUGCAGGCUGUACCUUUAAUGAUACAUAAUCGUCAACUACUUGCUUGUGCUCCAACUGGAUCUGGCAAAACUGCAGCAUUCCUCAUUCCAUUGAUUCAUAAUCUGAAGGGUCCUGUAAAGGGAGGAAUCAGAGCUGUUGUAUUAGCACCUACUAGAGAACUAGCUAAACAGAUACAUUCCUUUUGUAUAAAAUUAUCUGAGGGCACAGGUCUGAGAUCCUUAAUUAUUGAAGAUGUCAAUUCUGUUAAAGAACGUCCAAAGUAUUUGAAAAAGCAUGAUAUUCUAAUUUCUACACCUAACAGACUGAUAUAUUUACUUCAAAAUGAUCCUCCUGUUAUCAGCUUAAACAAGGUUCAGUGGUUAGUUGUGGACGAAUGUGACAAAUUGUUUGAGACUGGUGAAAAGGGAUUUCGAGAUCAACUAGCAACCAUUUAUAAUGCAUGUGACUCUGCAGAAUUAAAGAGAGCUAUGUACAGUGCUACUUUUAGCCAUGAGGUUGAAGAGUGGUGCAAAUUGAACCUGGAUAGCCUUGUUUGUGUUGCAGUUGGAUCCAAGAACACUGCAGUGGAAACUAUAAAACAAGAACUCAAAUUCACUGGAUCUGAGGGUGGCAAACUUGUUGCUCUGAAAGACAUUUUGAAGGGGGGGUUCAUGCCUCCCGCACUCAUCUUUGUACAAAGCAAAGAGCGAGCCAAGGAACUCUAUUCUGAAGUUGUUUAUUAUUGUCAACGAGUUGGAGUUAUACAUGCUGAUCUUCCACAAGAUGAAAGAGAUUCUGUUGUUGAAAAGUUUGAAUCCAGUAAAAUUUGGGUCCUGAUUUGUACUGAGUUAAUGGCAAGAGGAAUUGAUUUCAAAGGAGUUAAUCUAGUUAUCAAUUAUGAUUUCCCAGCUACAGCUAUAGCAUAUAUUCAUAGGAUAGGACGUACUGGAAGAGCUGGAGAAGAAGGAAAAGCUAUAACUUUUUUCACCACAGAUGAUGUUGAAAAUUUGAAAAGUAUUGCUCAAGUGAUUAAAAAUGCUGGAUGUGAAGUCCCAUCAUAUAUCAUGAGUCUGAAAACUAAAAAGAAGAAGAAAAAUGAUAUUGUAAGACCGAUAAAAAGGGAAAAAAUAUCCACUUCUACUGCUUAUGAUAUUGGGAAAGUUGGUAAAAAGAGGGAUAAUAAAACUUUCCUGAAAAGAAAAGGUGAAAAUGAGCCUUCUCGUGAAAAGAAAAAGUCGAAAAAAACUGAUAAUUCUGAUGCUCAUUCAACUAAAAGUUCAAUGAAGAAGAAGAAAAAGAAACUGAAACCUGUUGAUUAAUUACUCUAUUUUACAUUUAUGUAUAUAUUUGUGUAAAUAAAUUUUUUUUGUUAGUUAUCAAAACAUAAAAAUGCAUUGAUUAAAUGUUACGAAUUUGAAAUUAUUAAAAUUACUUUUAAUAUUAGAAGAUGAGGAACAGUCUUAUUUGACAUAUGAUUUUAAAAAAAUGUUUUUGAUAAAAAGAACAAAUUUUGUGAUCUUUUUUGAAAAGCAGAAAAAUAUACUUACUUUUUUAUAUUUCCUUCCAAUAUAGUUGGAAGACAUAAGAAUCCAAUUUGCUUCUGUCAUCUGCACAACUCCUGGCAGAAAAUAUGGUCUUGCAUAAAAUUUCCGAACAAAUUUCUGAGUAGAUUUUUCACAGUUUUCCCUUUAUGAGAAAAAAUGUAAUUAAGAAUAAGUAAAUUUUAUUGUGGUUAAACAUUCAAAUUAUUGGUUAUAUAUAUAUAUAAUCGCAGGGGUAAACAAGGAUAUUUUUUUACACUAGUAGGAGGAUCAAAUGACUAGUAUGUAAAGAUGGAGAAAUAUUCAGCUCGUCAUGCAAUGUUUGGAAAAUAGUUUUAAACAUUUUUGCCCUAUCAAAAUAUGGUAGAUAAAAUUAAUUUUUAGUUUUACUGUUUAAAAAAUAGGAUUUUUAAAAACAUUGUAGUUGUAAAAAGUUAUAUCCAUACUUGCAUUUAAGUUUUAAUUCUUUAGUAGCUCUUACCAUGUUUAAUUUUUUGUGUAAAUCAUUCAUUAAGCUAAUAUACUUGUAAAUUCCCCUAAAAUAAUAUCUUAGAUUAUCUUAAUUGAAAAAAAAAGAUGCUUUUAUAAAGGUUUCUAAAUACAGUUCAUGAUUUUAUUAAUUAAAUGUGUUAUAUGGUUUAAACAAUCUAUAGUACUUAACACAUACUGAAAAAAAAAAGAGGAAUAUAUUUGAAAUUACGCGUAACUAACAAUUAAUCUGUAAAAUUUAUACUGAUGGAAUAUUAAUUAUUGUUCUAAAUUGAUGAAAUUGAAUAUAAACCAUAAUAUUUGUUUUUCUGAUUUGAGAUAGAUACCGUGACAUAGGCUUUUAUUGGUCUAUUAAAAUGUUACAACAUAUCUUAAAUCAAAUCAGAAGUCUCAAUUUUGCGGUCUGCAACCUUUAUUUAUUUAACCUGCCAUGAAAAGAAUUUUCUACAAUUGUUGAUUAAGGUUAAUUCUUUAUUUUUCUUCUUUCUAAAACCUUUCUUUAAUUUAUGAAGUUUAUAAUUUUCAUCGUUAGAAACAAUAAUACCAAUUGUAAAGCAUGAUAAGGGAUGUCCACAUAUACUAAUUUAAAGGUGAGAGCUGAAUAAAAUAUUUAAAAAAACUA